AAAUGAGCCAUUCACGAGCUGCUUGAUUUUAUUAAUGCAGCCUAUAUGGUUACCUGCACCACAUCCCCUCUCUCUUUCUUGGCGCUCUCUCCCCUCUGUACGGCAUGGGAAGUAGGGAGGAUGUGCCUCCUCCUCCUCUUCCUCCUCACACCCACAAUUACACUUCGCAUGAGUGCACGUCAAAGGAAGACGCUUUGCAGACCUGCAGAUUCAGAAGCAGAGGACAUCGCUACCUUAUUUUGCCUGAAGUCAUCAUCACAUGAAAACCCAACAGGCCUGAGAAUAGAUUUGAAUCAACCAUUCGAGUGUGAGACUGAUGUGCUAAAUCCGUGCGAUGGAUGUCUUUUGGCAAGGUCCCUCCUCAAAUGUCUCCAGCAGGCUCAGCAAUGCUAGCACGUUCCCCGACUUCACCGUGGGUAACACCACCACCGCCAGCACCAGUCUCGACAUUGAAACCACCCUCUUGUACAUCCUCGGCCCUAAACGCUCUCCCUUCUUCCUCCCGGUGGCCGCUGUCUACCUGCUCAUCUUUCUGGUGGGCUUGAGUGGUAAUCUUUUGACAUGCGCCGUGGUAGCCAAGCACAAGAAGAUGCGCAAUCCCACCAACCUGUACCUGGUCAGCUUGGCUGUGUCCGAUCUCCUUAUGCUGGCCUUCGGGAUGCCCAUGGAGAUCUACGACCUGUGGCAGAACUACCCAUUCCCCUUCGGUGCUGUCGGGUGCUACUUCAAGACGUUCAUCUUUGAGACUGUCUGUUUCGCAUCCAUCCUUAAUGUCACAGUGUUGAGUGUGGAGCGAUACAUUGCUGUGGUGCACCCUAUCAAAACCCGCUACCUAACCACCAAGCGGCACGCCAAGCGGGUCAUUGGUGCCGUGUGGGCGGCGUCCAUGGUGUGCGCUGUACCCAACACAUCCCUGCACGGUAUCUACUACCUCCUGGGCCACAGGAGCGAGUCAGCCAUUUGCACUGUGCUCAAGCCGCUGUGGAUUUACCACACACUCAUGCAGAUCACCACCAUCUGCUUCUUCUUCAUCCCCAUGAUGGUGAUUAGCGUGCUCUACCUGAUCAUGGGCCUGCACCUGGGCAAGGAAAGAACACAGAGGCGGGGCUACUUCGGCAAGAAAUGGAGCAGCGACUCUCGUGUGAGCAUCCACGAUGAGGGUGGUCGCCGGACCCAAGUCAUCAAGAUGCUCUCCAUCGUGGUGGCAGUGUUUGGCGUGUGCUGGGCGCCCUUCCACAUGGAGCGUUUGCUGUGGAGCUCCGUGCGCCAGUGGACCGACCUAAUGCACAACAUCUACCAGUACGUCCACAUCCUGUCAGGGGUCCUCUUUUACCUCAGCUCUGCCGUCAAUCCGAUCAUCUACAGCCUGAUCUCCACACGCUUUCGCGAAUGCUUCCGCGAAUGCUUCCGCGAACUCGUGUGCUCACGGACCGACGAACUAGACUCUCCACCGCCCCCGAAGAGUUCGCUGGUCAUCUCCGCCUCCAGGGUCCAGAGCGGAGGUCAGGACUCAUUGAUCCGCUUACUGUCUCCGCCAACAACACAGGGACUGGACUGCGUGUUACUCUCAAGUGCUUGCCAAGAGAUGGCUUAUGAGACUUCGGUGUUCUGAGAUAACACUAGAUUUACAAAGUAAUACAACAUUAUCAUGUGGGACUAACAUAUAUCCUUACAACCAUUUGAUUUCAUGCAACCUGUAUUGGUCGGCUGUCAAUCAUAGGAUUGACACAAAGAGACAGCAUGGAAGACAUUUUAAGGUGUACUCACACUAUGAGGCAAUUUCAACCGUGCAAGACGUUUUGCUGUGCAAUUGCUUCAGAAAACUGCUGCUGCACUGUAACUAUUGUAACUCUGAUUUUUCUGUGGUUCUGUUUAUUUCCAUUGUGAGUUGUGGUGGUUAUCACGAAGGACUGGUGAGAGGCAUCAUUGCAUUAAUUAUACACAUACAGUACAUGUGCCCAUGUUGUGGAGUUUUUCUUUGGACUAUAGAUAUAGAUUUGUUUGUUUCUGUUGUACAAAGUGGCAGUGAUGACCAUUUAGCAAGAGGAGUGAUUGCUUUAAUUACAGUAUGUGACAUGUCCAUGCUGUGGAUUAGUACUAUUGUUAUUUAUUUAUUUUUACCAUCGAUUAUUAAUCACUAUGAUGAUUUCUAUUGUUCAAGAUGGGGCAGAACUGUUGACAAAAGUCAUUUCAUUAUUUAGAUAACAUGUACCUGUAUGUGCCAAUGCCGUGGACCUUUCUUUCAUGUCACUGCGGAGGAAUUUUUCAGUUAUCGCUACUGUUCAUUUCUACUGUGCAAAAUGCUGGUUGUUACCAACAGUCAAAAGCAGCGAUCAAAUUAAUGAGAACAUGUAAAUUAGAUGAUGUAAAUGCAUCUUACUUACUACAUAUAGUGGUAAACAUGACCCUGUACCAGCUCUUUUGGAACAUGUUGCAGCCAGCCAUAAAAUUCCAAGUCAAUUAUUAUUUACUAAAAACAAUAAUGUUUAUCAGUUUCCACAUUAGCUGUUUUUAUUUCUGUUUAUCACAACAUUCCAACUUCAUUGGAAUUGGU